CAUUUCUGAGUGCGGAAGUGCCACCUGAAUAUGGGAAGAGCAGAAAGUGAGAAGAGUUCCUGACUCAGCAGCGGAGCACGGAGGUUUUUAAAGAAAUGGAACAUCCAGGCUCUUCCUCCGUGGGACCCGGUGGGGGUGUCGGGUCAGGGGCCGCGGAUCGGCCGCUCUCCCACCGACACGGCGCCAGACGUUGGUCCGUGGUCGCCCUGUCCGUCCUGGGCUCCGCGGCGUGUGUGUCCGCUGUCGGUUGCUUGUGCGCCUUCAUCUACCCCAUACUGAAAGAGCUGCGGGCAGGGAGAGUGAGAGGAGAGGACGGGACCGCAGAGAGAAUCCUGGGCUUCUGGAGCAUCCUUGUGCUGUCAGUAGUCGUUGGAUGCAUCUGCUGCGUCUUCUCGUGGACUCUCACCUACCUGGACUCAUACCAGCCGGGCAAGGGGUUCCUGUCACCGCUGUCACUGGCCCACUCCAGAGAUGAACCUGGCCAUCGAUUUCAAGUGGGUUAUGGUGCUGUCGUCCUCAACGGCAUCAUGGCCAUGCUCACCGUCUUCUGGAUCCUCACCUGAAACACACACACACACACAUACAUACUGUUUCUUUUAUUUGUGUUUCUGUUAGUCUGCGGGAUUACACAAAACUACUGGACUCAUUAAAACAACAUUUAAAAAAAAGGGUGCAGCAAUGAUCAGGACAUAAAUAUUUGGUUGCACAUCACAUGAUGAAUCCCCACAGAGCUGUGUGUGUUUUUUGUAAGGUCAAUUUCUGAAAUUGGUUUCUCCUUCCAUGUUUGUUUGCCCACGUCACAAGAUCUGAGCUGUGGGGGAUUCCAUUUGGCGAGGUCUGCAGAAAUGUUCCUGUGCUAUAACGGUGGGACAGGCCUCAGCUGUAUUUAUUGGAUGUAUUUGUAUAUGGAGGACGGAAACUGCCAACAUUUAAAAACAUUUAUAAAUUAAUAAUCAACUUGAAGAUAUAUAAAUAAAGUAAAAGUUGAAGAGGCCGGA